CACGCGGACUCCCUCCCUCCCUCCCUGGGCCGUCAGGAUUCUCAGCCGCGCGGGGGGCACUGAACGACCGAGGCGACGUCGUUCUCCCCAACCGAAUCUCUCUGGUCGGCUGUCUCUGCUACUGACGCUCUGCGGGGACAGGCGUCUCUGGUCGUGGUGGUGGCACCGGUGAGGGCGUUGCAGGCGAUGGCUAACAGCGAGUACGAGUACGUGAAGAGGGAAUUCGAGUUCGGUAGCCGCCUCCCGCCCUCUAACUGGAUCGUUGUGCGCAUCGACGGCUGCCACUUCCACCGAUUCUCCAAGAUACAUACCUUUGAGAAACCAAAUGAUGAGAACGCUUUAAGAUUGAUGAACGCCUGUGCCACUUCUAUGCUCGAAAAGUUCCCCGACAUAGUCUUCGCAUAUGGUGUUAGUGAUGAGUACAGUUUUGUUUUUAGAGAGGAGACUGAAUUCUAUCAAAGGCGAGAAAGUAAAAUUCUCUCUUUAUGUGUUUCCUACUUUACUUCUAUGUAUGUGAUGAAGUGGAAAGAUUUCUUUCCUAAUAAAGACCUGAAAGAGCCGCCAUAUUUUGAUGCGCGAGUUGUAUGCUAUCCAAAUUUAAAGACAAUUCGUGAUUAUUUGGCAUGGAGACAAGUGGACUGCCAUAUAAACAAUCAGUAUAACACCUGCUUCUGGUUGUUAGUGAAGUCUGGGAAAACUGAAAAAGAAGCUCAACAAGCAUUAAAGGGGACAUUUUCAAAGGACAAGAAUGAGUUACUUUCACAACAGUUCCAGAUCAAUUAUGAUGAUGAGCCAGCUAUGUUUCGAAAAGGAUCAUGCGUUUACCGAGAUAAGGUAGAAACAAAGGUGAAGACAGAUCAUUGUGGAAAUCCCAUAAAAAGGACACGUUUAGUCAUUACAGUGGCAAAUGUUGAUAUCAUAGGACCUGAGUUUUGGGAAAAUCAUCAGCACAUUCUCCGAGAAGAAAAAUGUAGGUAUGAGUAUAUCAAGAAGUUUGACAUCAACCACAGGCUUCCACCUUGUAAUUGGACUGUUGUUUGCAUCAAUGCCAGCCAAUUUGAACACUCAAAUUGCUUUGUCAGAUUCUCGUUGAUCCACUCGUUUGAGAAGCCUAAUGAUGGGACAGCUCUAAGGUUGAUGAAUGCUUCUGCUUCUUUGAUGAUGGAGUCAUUCCCUGACAUUGUCUUUGGCUAUGGUUUUGACAACGAGUACAGCUUUGUGUUCCAGGAGAAGACUGAACUAUACCAGCGCCGGGAAAGUUUAAUCCUUUCGUCAUGUACUUCACGUUUCACCUCAUUUUACAUGAUGAAGUGGAAAGAGUUUUUCCCCAAUAAGGACUUAGUGGAGCCACCACACUUUGAAGCAGAACUUCUAUGUUACCCAAAGCAAAAGAUAGUUUGUGACUAUUUGUCGUCAAGACAAGCAGAAUGCCACACCCGCAACCAAUACAAUACAUGCUUUUGGAUGCUGGUGAAUUCUGGCAGAAGUGAAAACGAAGCUCAUGAGUUACUAAAGGCAACAUUAUCAAAGGACAAGAACGAGUUGCUUUUUCAGCAAUUUCAUUUGAAUUACAACAACGAGCCAGCUAUAUUUCGGAAGGGUUCAUGUACCUACCGGCAAAAGUUGGAGGAAUCUGCAGGUGUGGAGGGUAGUGAAAAUAGCACAACAGUGCGGUGGGAUGCGAUGGUAGCACAUGUAGACAUGGGGCCGGAGUUUUGGAGAAAGCAUCCUUACAUUUUAAGCAUGUAACAUUACUGCU